AUGCCGGACUGGUCAUGGAGCCGCGUACAUCUAAGAUGGCUGCUAAAACUCGCUGAUUUUAGAGCAGUCGGUUGGAGCCAAUGGCCCAGUUCAGCUCCAUUCCUUGUUACGCCGAGUGGACCGCCGAUGUAUAGGCCAGCGACGCACGAGGGUUCGCAAGAGGGGCCGUCAGGGAGCUCUUCAUUUUACCAAUCCCCACCACCAUAUGGUUUUCAAACACCAUCGCCGUUGUUGAUGCAAGCACCUCCACAUUCACUAUUCUAUCAAGCUGGUUCAUCAUCCCAACUCCGACAACCAGAUGUUGUACCGGAAGAACCAGAAUCCCCGCCGGAGGAACCACAAUCGCCGCCGGAAGCUGGACAAAGGAGGAAUCCAGCGCGUAACCUUCGACGGCCGCCACGUGGCACUGAAUCCGGCGGGCACGGAGAUUGA